AAUUACGAGAUAUGUUGGCACUCGCAGAAUAGACAUCACCGCGGUCACUCGCCUACCCAGAGUUCCAUGCGGCCAGCGUGGUACUUACAGCAUUUGUUUCUAAUCGAGUCAUCACUUCGCGGAGUGUGCAAGUUGCGGUGUGCUUGAAUGUGACAUUUUGGGGCAGAGGCGCGCGCCAAAACGCACCUCAACACCUCUCCCAAAUCUAAUUGGUUGAAUGGAUUCAGCGCGCGCCAGCAGUCAUUUGCAAGAGAAGAGGACCAAGCUAAUGUGAACAAUUAACAGUGAUAUCUAGAGAGUGUUAAAGCGCUGCAGCAAUGUCGGGUAGAGCAAGAGGAAGAGCUCGAGGAAGAGCCCGUGGUGGUUCGGAACAACAACAGGCACGUCAGGCCAGGGGAAGAGGCGCAAAAGACAGAGCCCCACCCCCGCCUGCAGGUGCAGGGGCGGGUCCCCCUCCUGCCAGUGGCCGUGCCUCCUACAGAGGAGGGGCCAAGGAGCCCCGGCCUGGGAUGGCAGGAGAAGUACCCAGAGCGCCAGUAGAGGAGAUAGCAGCCAUGUCCAUCGGCACUGGAGAUGCUAGUGAGGUGGGAAGGAAGAGAUCAGACUUCCGUUACACUGAUCUCAACACAAGGCCGGCACACAUAGCAGAUAAGAGGGGAAACUCUGGCCGGCAGAUGCCUGUGUUGUCAAAUUUCUUCCGCCUGGAGACAGCGCCUGAUUGGAUGUUGUAUCAGUAUCAUGUGGACUUCAAUCCACCAAUAGACUCCAGGAGAUUAAAGAAUGCCUUAUUAAUGCCACAUGUUGAAAGACUGCUUGGAAACCGGGCUUUUGAUGGCAUGAUCUUAUACUUACCAAGAAAACUACCGCAACAGACAACUGAAGUCUUCUCCACCAGAAAUUAUGACAGUGCCCAGAUCCGUAUUACAAUCACACUUACAAACGAGCUGCCUCCAACCUCCCCACAGUUCAUUCAAGUGGCAAACAUUCUCUUCCGCAAGUACCUGUCUAUGAUCGAGAUGAAACAGAUAGGACGGCAUUACUUCAACCCAUCUUUGUCUAUAGACAUUCCCAGGCACAAGUUGCAGGUGAUGCCUGGCUUCACUACAUCCAUCCUGCAGUACGAGAAGUCUGUUCUGUUGGGUGCAGAUAUUGCCCACAAGAUACUCAGGUCGGACACCGUGCUUGACAUCAUGUAUGCCAUCUAUGAGCAAGACAACAGGAAUUUCUAUGACAAAGUUUUCAAGAAGUUUGUUGGUUCCAUCGUUCUUACAAGAUACAACAAUAAAACUUACAGAGUAGAUGAUAUUGAUUGGGAUAAGAAUCCUCUGGACACAUUCAAGAUGAGCGAUGGUUCCCAGAUCACAUACAAAGAAUAUUACAAGAAGUCUUACGAGAUCACAGUCACAGACGACAAGCAGCCACUGCUGGUCUCCAAACCAAAGAAGAGCGACAUCAGACGAGGCCACACCGAACCAAUUUACCUUCUGCCUGAACUGUGUACACUGACAGGUCUGUCUGAAGAAGUUCGUGCAGACUUCAACGUGAUGAAGGACGUGGCAACCCACACCCGCAUCGGGCCAGACGGCAGAUCUAAAACGUUGACCUCAUUCAUAAACCAGCUCAAUACUCACCCGAAGAUAGCAGAAGACAUGCGUGGAUGGAGGAUGCGUUUCCAGCCCGAGUUGUUGCCGAUACAAGCAAGGGUUGUACCGCAGGAGAAGAUAAAACAGGGCAGGGAUGCUGAGGUACACUACAAGCAGGAGGAUGCUGACUGGUCGAGGGAUAUGCGGGGCAAGCACAUGCUUGUGCCAGUCAACCUGGACAACUGGGUUGUCCUGUCUACACAGAGAGACUCCCCGCUGGCACAAGACUUGGUACAGACCCUGAGUAGGGUUGGACCACCCAUGGGCAUGAACUUCAGCAAACCUAUGAUGUGUGCGCUUCCGAAUGAUCGCAAUGAGACGUACCUUCAGUUCUUGAAACAGCAAGUCACGGAGAAUACACAGAUGGUGGUGUGUCUGUGCCCCAACAACAAGAAAGACAGAUACGAUGCCAUCAAGAAGUUUUGUUGUGUUGAACACCCAGUGCCAAGCCAGGUGGUUGUUGCUCGAACUGUGAGCAAGAAGCAGAUGUUGAUGUCUGUAGCGACCAAGAUUGCCAUUCAGCUCAACUGCAAACUUGGAGGGGAAGUCUGGGCAGUAGAAAUACCGUUGAAAGAUUUGAUGGUGGUUGGAAUCGACUGCUACCAUGACUCGGCAAAGAAGGGGCGCUCUGUGGGUGGCGUGAUUGCAAGUCUUAACCCACUCCUUACCCGCUUCUACUCACGCUGUACCUUCCAACACAAUAUGCAGGAGUUAAUGGAUGGCCUCAAGAUCUGUAUGAAUGGUUGCCUCACGAUGGUCAUAGGUAUUGACACGUAUCAUGACUCGGCCAAGAAAGGUCGUUCUGUUGCUGGUGUAGUGGCCAGUGUGAACAAGAACUUGACCCGGUAUUACAGCAAAUGCACGUUCCAGUUCACCCACCAGGAGUUGGUGGAUGGUCUUCGGACGUCUUUCACAGGAGCACUGAAGAAGUUCCAUGAAGUCAACAGCAAACUGCCUGAGAAGAUCAUCGUGUACCGAGAUGGCGUGGGAGACGGCCAGCUGCCAGCUGUGUAUGAACACGAAGUGCCACAGAUGAUCCAGGCCAUCAAGAAGAGUGGAGGCGCUGAAUACGACCCCAAGAUAGCUGUUGUGAUUGUGAAGAAGCGCAUCAAUGCCAGGUUCUUCGCCAAGAAUGGCCCCAAUACAGGCAACCCAAUGCCAGGCACAGUCAUCGACAGUGAAGUCACCAAGCCUGAGUGGUACGACUUCUUUUUGAUCAGCCAGUCUGUACGACAGGGAACAGUGUCCCCCACCCACUACAACAUCAUCUGGGACAAGACAGGAUUGAAGCCCGAUCACAUGCAGAGGCUAGCGUACAAACUAACACAUCUGUACUAUAACUGGCCGGGAACAAUCCGAGUGCCAGCUCCAUGCCAGUAUGCACACAAGUUGGCUUUCCUUGUUGGUCAGUCUCUCCACAAGGAUCCAUCUCCUUCCCUGUCAGACAAGCUGUUCUUCCUCUAAGGAUGAGGAACAAAUGACACCGUCUGAGAAAAACAAUGCUUAGUUGGCUUUCCUUGUUGGCCAUUCUCUCCACAAGGAUCCAUCUCCUUCCCUGUCAGACAAGCUGUUCUUGUUCUAGGGAUGAGGAACAAAUGAGACCAUGUGAGAAAAUCAAUCCUUAAGUUUCAAAUAGAUCAUGUUAAGAACAUGUCUGAAUUACUGAACGUGAAAGUCCAGUGCAGACAUUUCCAGCUGAUAAUCAUUUUUGUUAUAUUAAUGAAUGCAAGAUUUGUGACAAAGUCAUAUCAACUGUUUCAAAAGAAUUGUGGAAUGAAAGGUUGUUGUUGCAAGGGCAUUUUUCAUUAUCAUUAUAAAAUACGUAUUCAAUAGGUACGUAGUCAUACAAGUCAAAGGCUAGUGAAGUUUCACUGCUCCAGAAGCUGAUAAAUACCUUUAUCAGCAUUAUUCUGAUUGUUACAUGAAUGAAAGACUUCUGUGAACGUUGACUUACCUGGUUUGAGAGAAUAUGUAAUGCAUGUUCGUGUUGAGGAAGUGCGUGUUUAGUUCAUCCAAAGCAUGUGUUAAGUUACAGCUAUUUGUAGCGGAGUUAUCUUCAGUUGCCAUAAUUACCACCUGGCGUGAUUUUUCACCCUAUCAUGUAUGUAAGUGAACAUACCAUUACCUAAUCAUAAGUAUUUUCAUAAGCUGUUUUACCUAUUCUUUUGGUAACAUAGUUACUGAAUGUUUAGUUGUAGUUUAAAGUUAAGAUAUUUUACUCUGAAGUUAUUUUAGUGCAUACUCACUAUAUACUUUGAAAGAUGUGUGAGUGUGGUAUCACUGUUUUUAUGUACUUUGUAAAUAAAAAAUAUUACAAGUAA